UCUUGUUUUCUCGCGAGAGGAUAGAGAGACUUCGUGACUGCUUAAUUUCCUGCUUCAAAGUGACUAGUCUACUGAGCAAAAACCACCCCGAAAGUACCUUUAUUUAGCAUUAAAACUGCCACCUGUACCAUUUAUUUGUUAGUUAUACGAGACACUUCACUGUCGCAUUAUAAGAUAGCUGACAAGUCUUCUAGCAGCGGUUUUAUUGUGUGUUUCAAGAUCACUGUUCACUAUUGUCAAUGUCGUCUGAACUUGAGAAACCAGUCAACACUGACAGCAUUAAGCCUGCAGAAGACAGCUGGAGACUGAAUUAUGUCACUGGGAGCCUGUUCUCCUGCCCUGUGGACGAGGCUUUGGCCCAUUGCAUCAGUGAGGACUGCCGCAUGGGGGCAGGCAUAGCAGUGCUGUUCAAGAAGAAGUUCAAAGGGGUAGAUGAGUUAAAGGAACAGAAAAAGCUGACAGGAGAGUGUGCUGUACUAAAACGAGACAAUCGUUUUGUCUACUACCUGAUCACCAAAAAAAAGUACAAUCAAAAGCCCACCUAUGAGAGCCUGACGCAGAGCCUGGGGGACAUGAAGUCACACUGUGAAAUGAAUGGUGUAACAAGAAUAUCAAUGCCUCGUAUUGGUUGUGGCCUUGAUAGACUGCAGUGGAACAGUGUGUCGGAGAUACUGGAACAGGUCUUUAAACACACAAACAUCUCCAUCACAGUCUACAGCCUCCACGAGAGAUCAGACGCCUCUGCGACGAAGGAAAACAUGCGCAAAAAAUGAUUGAUUGAAAAGUUUGUUUAUUGUAAUUAUAAGUUCAUGCACUUUUCUGUGUUAAUUCCACACUAUGUAGCUACAGUGGUAAUCUUUUUUUUUAUUGGAAUGAAAUGUAUAGAUUACUUCAAAAAUAAAUCUCUUUUUUCAAAAUA